ACAGCGUCUGUGUAGACAACUUGUGUGUGGCGUGAGUUUGAUGUUGGCUGUAUCACUUAUCACUUUGCAUUAUGCCACCCAUCUGAGUUGAACACGCUUCGAUACUAGAUCGAAUAAGCUAAAAAACAAUAAUGGAUCAUCUCCACAUCAUGCCGAACAAGAGCGAGGAGGAGAUGACCCCUGAAGAACGGAUGAGAGCCGAGCAUAUAAGAUUACACCAAUUACACAAGGGUCAUGAAUCGAUGCACGCAGAGAUGUUGCUUAUUUUGUUAGUAACUUUGAUUGUAGUCCAAGUGAUUCUUGUGGAGUGGAAAAAAAGGCAUUUUAAAUCGUAUCAGUUUGUUACAUUGAUUGGCGUAUGGGUCAUACCAUUUGCAAUGUGCCUGAGAAACUUUUGGUGGAGGUUCAUAUUUUUCUGGCUAUUAUUCUCCUGUAUCACAGGACUCGUUGUUAGAAAAGCCCUUCAAAGACCCAUUCGAGGAACUACACCUAGAUUAGUGUAUAAAUGGUUCUAUUUUAUUUAUCGAUUAAGUUAUGUCCUGGGCAUAAUUGGAUAUUUGAUAGCCCUAGCCACAUUUUUUGGAUUAAAUCUAGUCUUCGACACUAAGGCACCAAUUUGGAUGGAUUGUGGCUUGAUGUUUUUAUUUUAUGGACUUUAUUUUGGAGUUUUGGGGCGUGAUAUUGCGGAAAUAUGCGCUGAUAAAAUGGCAUGCCAUAUUGGGUACUAUGCGCCUAAAAGCAUGCCAACCAGAACUCUAGAUCCAGGAGUCUGUGCUGUAUGUGGUAACAAACUUCUGGUCUCAGAGCACGAGGAAGGUGUCAUUGAAAACACCUACAAAUUGAGUUGUGACCAUGUGUUCCAUGAAUUUUGUAUAAGAGGCUGGUGCAUUGUUGGCAAAAAGCAAAUGUGCCCAUACUGCAAGGAAAAAGUUGAUCUCAAGAAGAUGUUCUGCAAUCCAUGGGAACGACCACAUGUGUUAUUCGGUCAAUUACUCGACUGGAUUCGAUGGUUAGUGGCCUGGCAGCCACUAAUAUUGUUACUAGUUCAAGGUAUCAAUUGGGCAUUUGGUCUCGAAGUUUACGAUUCAACCAAGUACACGACUAAAAUCGAGUGAAGCACAGCCCCAGGAAUAAAGAGAAAGAAGAGAUAAUUAGUUGAAAUAAGCCAAACAAAGAAAAAUUGGAGUUCCUAAACUCUGUCGAGGAUUUAGAAAAAAUGCUCUUCAAUGAAAAUUAAUAAGACGAAAUAAUUUUCAUCGUAGGGGGCAUUGCCAAAUUACUUAAGUAAUCAUACCAAUGAAAUUUGAUAAAUACCAGAGAUAAGUCGAAAUCAGUCUGUCAGACUAUGUAUGUCUAGAAAAUUCGUUACGGUCUUGUUUAUUCAGGAACCUCUCAUUUAAUUAAUUCUACAAAAAUUGAUGUAAGGUGUAGCAGGUGCAAAAGUGUGUGUGAUGCGGUAACAAUGCAGAAUGCAAUUUUCUACAUAAUUUGGUCGUUUUCAUUUUGUUAAUGGGAUAAUUGUCAUGUGUAUAUCCCAUUGAACGACAAACGUCUACAAUCGUCUACGUGGGCCGUUUUCCACCGGUGGGAGGGGGAUGAAUGGGUAAGAGGAGGUUGGGCGAAAAGAGGAGGAUCGCAUUAUGUCGUGGAAAUGAGACGGAGUCCAACGCUUCAUUCGUCUAUACAGGGUGUCCCACGACCGAUCCUGUUCCUUCGAGCUUAUUGAAGAGGGUGCGUUUUGAAGUGGAAAGUUCCCCUUCCACUAUUGAAUCUGAGCAUUUUUUUUCCUGCUUUUUGGAAAAUGAUUUUGGGCGCAGAAGGGCAAGAAGGGGGAGUGCAGCCGUAGAUGGUCGCAUCUGUGGGCAUCACACGUACUGAAAAGAAAUAAAAGAAAAUAGUAUAUUUCGAUACGAUUGCGGGAAAGUGUUUUUGGGCUCGUGGGAGG